AUGUCUAUUGUUGAAACAUCUACCCAUCGUUGGGAAAUUUUACUAUUUUAUUUAAAAAAGUCUAAGUGUGUAAAAAGUUUGUCUCAAACCCGAUGGUCAGCAAGAUACGAAGCGGGUAAAUCUUUAUGUACUUCUUGGAGUGAAAUUAAAAACGCUUUACAGGCUAUUAUUGACGAUGCCAAUGAAAAACCUGUAACAAAAUUUGACGCUUCAGUUCUUUUGAAACCUUUUAAUACUAUAGAAAUGUGCUUUAUGACUGUUUUUUGGAAUGAAGUAUUAGAAAGGUUUCAUAUAGUUAAUAAAAAACUUCAAUCAGUUAAUAUUGAGUUAGGAAUGAUUGUUGAAUUAUAUGGAUCCUUAGAGCAGUACAUAUCUAGAAUUAGAAAUAAUUUUGAAGAAUAUGAAGGAAAAGCUAUACAAAUAUGCGGUGAAAUGCAGUACAAAAAAGACAAGCGGAGAACUGUUAAGAGAAAACGUCAAUUCGACGAAACAAUGAAUGAAGUGAUCACAGAAACAGGCAAGGAAGAUUUCAGAAUAAAUGUAUUCUUCGUUAUAUUGGAUAAAUUGAAUGCUGAACUCGUAAGGCGAGGCAGUUCAUAUAAAAAUUUAUGUGUCAAGGCACUAAUAGAACAAUAUCCUAAUGAUAUUGAAGAAUCAUUUACAAAUGAAUGUCUUCAUUUGCGUGAUCAUCUUUUUUUUAAAUCUGAUAAAAAAAGAAACGCCCAAGAACUUUGUAAGAUGUUGUAUACAAAUGAUUUAAUAGAUAUUUAUCCGAACGUCACAACAGCGUUACGUAUGUAUUUGUGCACGUUUGCAACAAAUUGUACAGCAGAGCGGUCGUUUUCAGCAUUGAAAAGAGUAAAAUCGCAUCUUCGUUCAACUUUGGAGUCAGAUAGAUUAAACGCGACAUCAAUACUACACAUAGAAUCUGAGAUGCUUCGAAGUAUAAAUUAUGAUGAUAUAAUCGACGAUUUCGCGUCUAAAAAAGUUCGUCGUAAAAUGUUAUAG